AUGUCGCGCGCCGUCGCCUCGCCGCUUCGCGACGUCAACGGCGCCGCCGCGCGUCGACCGGUGCGUCUCAAGCGUCGCGCGCUGUCCGACUCGUCCGACGACGACGCGUCGGACGAGGACGCGCCGGCGCCGGCGACGAACGUCGACGCCGUCGCGGCGACGAACGUCGACGCCGUCGCGGCGACGCGCAAGCCCCUGCGAUUGAAGGGCAAGGACGGCGGGCCGAAGUUUGAGCUCGACGCGGCGCUCGCGUCGAGGCUGUACGAUCAUCAGCGCGACGGCGUGCGUUGGAUGUGGGGAUUGCACUUGGCCGGGCGAGGCGGGAUUCUCGCCGACGACAUGGGCCUGGGCAAGACGCUUCAGGCGUGCGCGUUCGUCGCCGGUUUGUUGCGCAGCGGCGCGGCGAAGCGCGUGCUCGUGCUCGCGCCGACGACGUUGCUGCCGCAUUGGUUGAAAGAGCUCGAGACGUGCGGGCUGAGGCGAGGGGAGACGGUGUUUAAGUACUACGGCGGCUCGCGAGGGGCGCUCGACAAACAGUUGCGCGCGUGCGCGACGGGUCGAGGCGCGCUCUUGGCGUCGUACGGGAUGGUGACGUCUCGCGCGAGCGAGCUCGGCGCGCCGAGCGACGAGGACGAAGCCGAGAGAGCGAGCGCGCGCGAGGGGCGCGGCGUCGCGCCGAAAGAUUUCGCGGGCGAAUUUCGCUGGGAUUGGAUCGUCAUGGACGAAGGACACGCGUUGAAGAACGCGACGACGCGGCUCGCGCAAAAGGUUCGACAACUGCCCGCCAAUCUGCGCAUGAUUGUCACCGGAACGCCGGUGCAAAACGCGCUCGGCGAACUGUGGUCGCUGUACGACUUGACGUGUCCGGGGCUUCUCGGCGGCGAAAACGAGUUUCGUCGACGAUUCGCCAACAAGAUCGCCGCCGGUCAAGCCGCGUCGGCGACGCAAAAACAACGAUCGGAAUCGAAAGAGCUCACGGCGACGCUGCGUCAAAUGACUCGUCCGUACUUUUUGCGCCGCGACAAGAAGGAGGUCUUACUAGCCAAAGAGGAUGUCGCGCCCGUCGACGACGCGAAGAAACCGAAUAGCGCGGCCGCGACGUCGUGGAAGCACGUCAAGAACGCGCCUUCGGCGCUCGGGCAGAAGAACGAUUUCAUCGCGUGGAUACCGCUUGAGCCGGCGCAAUCGGCGCUGUACUCAAAAUUCUUAGCCUCGAAACCCGUUCAGGACGCCAUCAACAAAACCGGUUCGGCGAUUUCGUGCAUGAACGCUCUGAAGAGAAUUUGCGAUCACCCGACGCUGUGCGUCGCGGCGCGGGACGACGCCGACGUCGACGCGUCGCCGCCCGCGGAGGAGGAGGAGGAAAUCGAAGACGAAGAAGACGCCGAAUUGAAGAAGAGCUGCGCGGGCGAAGCCGCCGCGGCGGCAGCGGCGGCCGUUCGCGAGUGCGAUUUCGACGCCGACGCUCUCGCCCGCGGCGCGUCGAGUUUGAGCGCCAAAUCUAGAUUUCUCAUGGCCAUGUUGGAUCGGUUUCGCGCCGAAGGACGUCGCACGUUGGUCUUCUCUCAGUCGCAGGCGACACUGAACGUUGUUGAAGCGUGCAUUCGCGAAGCGAACAUCAAGUUCGUGCGAAUCGACGGUAAAGUAAACGUCGACGAGCGAGAUCGUCGCGUGACGCAGUUCCGUUCGAACGCAGACAUUCCCGUCAUGCUUCUCACCGCUCGCGUCGGCGGUCUCGGUUUGACGCUGACGGAGGCGACGCGCGUCAUCAUUUACGAUCCGGCGUGGAAUCCAACGACGGACAAUCAAUCCGUCGAUCGCGCGUACCGCAUUGGGCAAACCAAAGACGUCGUGGUGUAUCGUCUCGUCACGUGCGGAACGGUGGAGGAAAAGAUUUACCGUCGUCAAGUCUUCAAGGGCGGCGUGUCCAAGUCGGCGACGGACGGCGUGAGCGGGAAGCAAUACUUUGGCGCGGACGACGCGACUCAGCUGUUCGAAACGCGCGAAAACGCCAUGCGCGCGAGCGAUACGAUGAAACAAUUGAACGCGUUGCACGCGGCGGAUCGCAAGUGGACGGAUGAGCUUCGCGCCGAGUUGCCGUAUGUCGAGUCGCUGCCUUUUGUCUGCGGCGUGAGCGAUCACGAUUUGUUGUUCAGCAAAGACGACGAAGCGACGACGAGCGGGUCGAAAUCAAGCAGUGCCGCCGCAAAAUCAGCGCCCGCGGGGGCGGCGACGACGCCGAAGGGAAAGGCGCCCGGCGGCGCGGCUUGGAAAAACGUCAACGCCGGGUGGGGAGGCGACGGCGGUUUGCUCGGCGGCGCCUUGCUCGCGGCGCUGACGCCACCGAAGGAAACGAAAAGCGCGACAAAGAUGAAAAUCGACGACGACGAGUCGCCCGAGCCCGUCUCCGGGGAGGCGAAGCUUAAAGCAAAAAUCAAACACAUCGAAGACGACUGCGCCAAGUUGGGCGUGAUUUUGAGCAUGCCCGACGUCGUCGCCAAGAUGCCCGACAAAGGCGAGAGCACUCGAAGGGCGAUCGAAAAACAACUCGCCGAAAAAUGCGUGCUCGAGGCCGAAUACAACGCCAAGUACGCGGUCUCUGAGACGUUCUACACCCCUCAGAGUUCACCCAAAGGUUCGCCGCCGCCGGAAACCGUCGCCUCGUUGGCGCAAUCCAUCGAUUCUUUCGAAAUGUAA